AUGUCACCUCACUUAAAAUAUUGGUUUAAUAUCGGGAGUUUCUUAGAAACAAUGCAACCCAACAUUCGCGUGCUUAAGCUGUUCGGUUUGUUUCCGUUCUCCAUUUCCCGUGCCGAGCCAUGCAGUAGCAGCAAGACGCUGAAAUCAGAAGUUAAAUUUAUGGAUGUGGUCAUUUUCACUUUGUGGCAAAUAUUUUUUCUACAAAUGCUUUAUGCUUCCUGGCCCAAGAUUUUUUCCGAAAUGCCUGUCUCCCGUAUCAUGGCCUUGGUUACAGUGAUUUUAUAUUUUGUCGGUGGUGUAAACUGUUCCAUUUCUGCUACGUUGGCGCUGGUGCUUCGAAAAAAAUUCAUUCGUAUGAUACAUUUGAUGGAUGAAGUGGAUCACUUGUUUUACCGAUUUUGCGUAGAAAUCCAACACUCGAAAAUUCACCUAGUGUCUGUAGCGCUACUCGGUGGAUCAUUCUUCUGCCAUGGUGCACUGUUCCUAAACGAUGUUGCCAUCAACAGUUACCUUUUACGCAAUGCUACUCGUAUUCCCAAGACUAUGCCAUUGCAGGCUGCAUUUACGUACUACUACAUCAUACGAACCGUGCAUGUAACUUGUGUGAUAGCUUUCAUUGGUGGACUGUAUGGUUUACGAGAGCGUUUUCUUGCACUCAACAAACAGUUCCGCCUCUGUCUUCUAGGGAUUCCCUCUGCUGACAAGUUGGCUUCGUUCGGCGAAUUGUUACUUCAGAUACAAGGAUUCAUAGUGAUUUACGGCAAUUUGUGCGAUGCCAUUCGAUUGUUUAGUACCAUGUUUGUGUGGCAGCCAGUAGUCUUUUGUGCAUCGUUCAUAGUAGCCGUAGUGUUUGCCACACUUUCCAUCGGCCACGUAUUGACAAACUCUGCACCGAUUGUGCUUGCCAUGGCCAUAAUUUACGGAGCAGUCACUGCACUGUACACCACGGUUUUCCUACUUCUUGUUAAGCUCGGAAACGAUAUAAAAAGAGAGGGAAAGCAAACGGCCAUCCUCGUCCAUAAGGCAAUAAAUCAAUCAUCUAAGACACCAGCUCUGGUAGAACGGCUCGUACUUUUCUCACAUCAUCUCCAACAUCAGAAGCCUGUUGUGUCAUGUGGAUUGUUUUGUUUUGACUGGACUUUAGCACUUUCGAUAAUUUCCGCCAUUGCAACGUACAGUGUGAUAUUGAUACAGUUCGAACUGGGGAUUCCAAGAUUCUUCAUUAGCGGUAUACUACAACAUCACACAGAAAUCAUUACAAAUGAUCCUUGA